AUGGAUAAGGGAGAGAGUGUGGCUGUAGUCAUGUGGGGCGUUCGAGGAAAGGUUGCAUGGGAGGCAAAGGAGGGCCUGAGAAUGCUCUUUGCACUUUCAGAGCUGUUAGAUAAAGAACAUGGGGCAAAUGGCACUUUCAAUACCUCCCUCGAAGUCGCCACCGCUUAUGACGAUGCUGCCCGAACGCUCUAUGGACCAUCUGCAAAACUCAACUUACCUGAUCAAAGGCCAUUACCUUUUACAACUUUUUCGUCUAUUCAUGAACCUCUCAACCACAAAGGUCUCAUGGGCAACCAAAGCACAAGCACGAGUUCCUCCUUGAUCAACUACGAAUCUAGCACUGAUGGAAAUACAAAUAAAGGUGAUGAAGUUUCACUGCUAGGAGACAUAAACGUAGAGUGGGGGAGUUCAAUUGCAAACAUGGUAGAUGUAGAACAGUGUCUAAAUUGGCCAAAAUUUUUGGGGGAGAAUGGUUUUUGUUGGAUUGGUGUUAGUAGAUCAGGUGAUUUGACCGACGUGGAAGAAUUCGUUGAUUGCAAUGGAUUUCAAGAUCCAUGGAGCUUGUGA